UAUUUCCGUAGUGACGUCGUCCAUCGAAGGUGGUUCGGAGUCACGCCACAGCCUCCGCCUCGCUCAGACGUCUUCUGCCAGGGAAGCCAACGAGAGGCUCCUCAGAGUGCUGCCCAAACACACACACACACACACCCUACCUCCUACUCCUCCUCCUCCUCCUCCUCUUCCGUCUCCUCCUCAUCCAGCGCCUCUCCAACUUCAACCGACUCCAACAAUCACCUAUUACCGUGAUUCUCCAACGCCUCGGGAUCAUUGUUACUACUCUUCGACUUCCAACCCACAGACGCUAAGCCGCCAACAUGAAUGAGAGCAUUACCGGCGGUCUUGAACCAGAUCAAAUUGAGGGUCUCAGAAAGGCCUUCGACGCCUUCGACAUCGAGAAGAAGGGCUCCAUCAAUACCGGCACCAUCGCCACCAUCCUGAGAAUGAUGGGCGUGAGGGUCUCAGACAAGAACCUGCAGGAGAUCAUCUCCGAAGUCGACGAGGACGGAUCUGGCGAGCUGGAAUUCGAAGAGUUUUGCGCCUUGGCGGCGAAGUUCCUGAUUGAAGAGGACGAAGAGUCCUUAAAAGCAGAACUGAAAGAAGCCUUCCGUAUUUACGACAAAAAGGGCGACGGCUACAUCACGACGAGCGUCCUUCGAGAGAUCCUGAAGGAGCUGGACAACAAGCUAACCGAGGCUGACUUGGACGGCAUCAUAGAGGAGGUCGACGAAGACGGCUCCGGCACUCUCGACUUCGAUGAGUUCAUGACGAUGAUGGCGGGCUAAAAUUCUUCAUUAAAAAUUCCUUCCUUUUAUUCCUAUUUUCCGUCAGCUUUUUCUUUUCUUUCCUCCUCCUUUUCCUCCUCCUCCUCCUCCACCUCCUCAUUACUUCCUUUUUUAUUUCUUUGUUUCCUUCUGAUCUUUGUUUGCUCACUGGACUCUGUGAGAGACUGUCCUUCCACGAUCUCUCUCGAAGCUUUUUUAUUUUUAAAACGUUUUUCACCAAAAGUGCUCUAACGUUCGUGACAUACUAACCACAAUUAAAUGAAAAUAAACAUCUCAAAAGAUUCAUCUCAGCUAUGGGACGGUCGUUAUUGAAAGUGACACCAUCCAUCAACCAUCAAAGCAACCGACCAAACAUCAAACCACUUCUGAGUAGCUUCUGUGUGUGUCUAACGUCUCCUCAGAGUUGUUACGCUCUCCUAAGUAUACAUAGUCUGUUCGUCGUGUGCAUAUCAGUGUCUAGCAGGUUUACCUCAGUCCAUCCUGCCAUCACGACUCCCGUUUUCAUUCGCAGAGUUCAUGGAGAUGAUGACCGGUUAAGUAAACAAACGUAGUUCCUCCCCAAAAAACCCCUCCGCCCACAUUUAGAAAUCUGCUGCCUAAAAUAUUUUAAGCAUCCCGUCCCCGCCACGCCCUCCCCCCGAGUAUUUUCCUUACCUACACUGUUCACGACUUUAAGGAGAGGCCGAGAAAAACAAUAAACAGUCUGAGAGCUACAGCUGCGACCAGAACUUCAAGGAAAUCCCCGCAUCCACAGGCUUCUCGUGUCAGGAGACCAGACACGCCAAGAGACUACCAAGAACCAUUGCCAAGCUAUCCGCCACGUUGGAGAGAGAGAAAGAGAGAGAGGUGGUGUUUCCGGUGGAAACUCUGCCAUGGAUAUUCGUGAAGUGUCUUAUACUCUAAUUAUGUUUUAUUUUCCAACUUAUCUAUGCUUGCAAAAGCCACAGAAUAAUGAUCUCUCAAAAGACAAAAUUUUGGGUGCAAAUCUUGGGUGGUCAGAACGGAGAAAAUUGCACCUCGGCCAUUUCACGUUUUAACACUUAGGUUAACAUUAACUUGAUAAGUUUUGUCAUGACUCCAUUCAUAGAUUUAUUCAGUCGUACAUUUUUUCUUUUUUCUUUUUUUCCUUUUCAUUGCUAUCAUAUGUUACCAUUUCUAUGUAUAAUUCAAA